AUGACUUCGAGUUGGUUUGGAAUUCUCAUUGGAGCCUGGCUUUUACUCUUUCAACAGGGAAUAAAGGCCAUAUUUGUGUACCCUAACUGCGGACUAUCUGACUCAUCAGGAAUUCGGAUCAUGAACGGAGUAAAUAGCUUGCUGGGACAAGCACCUUUUAUGGUGUACGUAAUGAAAGACAACAAGUAUCAAUGUGGCGGUUCGAUCGUUAGCGACAGAUACGUCCUUACAGCAGCACAUUGCUUGGCUCAUGGCCUUUCAGUUCGCCUGGGCGAGUACGAUGAUAGAAUGAACCCAGACUGCCUGGACAUGGUAUGCGUACCCGAACAUAAGAACUUUGCCAUCUCGGAUACGGUAUAUCAUUGGCAGUACAAUAAUGUCACUCAAGAAAAUGACAUAGCUCUGCUCAGAUUAAACCAAAGUAUCGAGUUCCAGCAACACAUACAGCCGAUCUGUUUAUUCCUCAGUCCUCAAUAUGUGCCAACAAUAUACUAUUACACGGUCUUUGGUUGGGGCUUGACCAACCCCUAUGAUAAAGAAAAAGCGCAUGUUCUACAGACUGCAAAUCUGAGGCUCUAUCCCAAAGUUAACUGCCGCACAACGUUUAGGAUUCUUGAUAGAAACCAGAUCUGCGCUGGAUCAGAGAUAUCGGACACUUGUGGCGGCGACUCCGGCAGUCCGCUGGUAUUUACUGACCAAGAUGGUCGGUAUAUUCAGUUGGGAAUAGUGAGCCGCGGCUCCCGACAGUGCAACACUGCUGGAACGUACACAUAUGUUCCGAAUUACAGCGACUGGAUCGUGUCUACGAUGCAGAUCUGUCUUGUUGUCCAACAGCAGGGAGUGCUGACAUAUUUUAUGAGGCAGAACUGCGGAAGAUCAUAUCCCAGGCCAUCUCCGAGGAUCGUUAAUGGACAAACGGCCGUUUUGGGAAUGGCUCCAUUUAUGGCAUAUUUGUAUAUAAACUCCAGCUUUCAUUGCGGCGGAUCCAUCAUUACAGAAAGAUACAUCCUUACGGCAGGUCACUGUGUGGAAAAAGACCUUAAAGUGCGCCUGGGCGAGUAUAAUACCAGGACGAACCCCGACUGCGACGGUACAGCUUGUUUUCCCAGCAUUGAAAUCUACGGCAUCCAGAAAUCAAUACUUCACGCUGGCUACAAUGACAUAACCUUAGCUAAUGACAUAGCUCUGCUUAAAUUGAACAGAAGAAUAAUCUUCAACGUUAACACUCAACCCGUCUGCCUUGUUCGAAGUCCGACGUAUCUGCCUCCGAUACAUGAGUUCCAUGCCUUUGGCUGGGGUAGGACCGAGAACAGAACUAUUGCCAGGGUUCUCCAAACCACGAAACUCUACCUCUACAGCAACAGCUUCUGCAAUUCGAGACUGAAUGACUCACUGAACCAAAACCAAUUCUGCGCUGCAACGCGUAAUUCAGACACUUGCCAAGGCGACUCUGGUGGCCCCCUGGUGACGCAUUUGCCGAUCGGCGAAAUGUCCUUCUACGUGCAGUUGGGACUAGUGAGCUUCGGCGAUAGCCAUUGCAGAGGCCUAAAACAGGUUAUCAAGGAAAGCAAGCACCUAAGCCUUAGUCCCUCCCGAAAGGGAGCCUUCAUGACCAAGUGUUGCACCCUGGCUGAUCAACUAGAGGAUAUAGCGAAGGUCCAGGACCAUCUGCAGUCGAUUGUAACCCAAUUGGACAGGGUGUUUGGCAUACAAUUCCUGAUGGUGAUCUCCGGGAAUUACGUAUCUACGGUGGGCACCAUUUACACAACCUAUAGCAUCUUUAAGCAAGAGGUCUUAUAUUGUCCUUUACAUGGUGCUUAUGCUCCUACAUGA